AUGGCGGACCGCAUCGCCAUGAUGCUGGACGACGAGCUGCUUGCACGCUCCCGCUCAUAUAUGCAAGCUACCUCGCUCGAGGAAGAGAACAUGCAUGUCGACACCCGCCCCAAUGCGGAAAUGAUCGAGCCCACCAGCGGGCCAGCUCCGCAUCUCCCCGGACUCAGCCAGCCAGUUCCCUUCCACCCAGCCAAGCAACAUCCCUCCCUCGACCCCGACGCCAACCCAAAGCUGAACACGGAAGACCAUCGUCCCGGUGCUUUGCCCCGCCAACGCCGCCGCAGCCGCGUCGACUCGGAGCGGGAGCGCAUCCCACAAGCCGAGCCAGGCAUCAAGAGCCGUGAUGUCUCAGCCCGCUAUCCGGGCUUUCGUCAUCCCCUCGACGAGAACGUGUGGACACCAUACCGCUUCUUGCGCUUCAUCAGCUUUGUUUGGGUCAAUCCCAUCAUGCGCCUCGGUGCCAAACGCCAGCUCGAACCCGAUGACCUCUUUCCCACCCCACAUCGUGACGAGUCCUAUCACCUCGCCUCCACCCUCGAAGAAGCCUGGCAAGAGCAGCUGGCCAAACCGAAUGGUAACCUCUUCAACGCUUACGUCAAGGCUUUCUGGAAACAUUUCGCCCUCGCCACCUUUCUGCUCUUCAUCGAAGCCAUGCUUCAGGUUCUGGAGCCAUGGCUCCUUGGCCGUCUCAUCAAUGCCACUGCCAAUGGGGACGGUGACGACGUUGCCUUUGGUUAUGCUGGCGGUCUUGUCGCCUCUGUUCUUGCGUAA